CUUUUCUAGAGGGUUCAGCCUUUAGCUUUCUUCUCAGACCUCUGCUUGGGGGACUAAUUUACCCACUGCUCAGUGACUUGUGCGAAAAGCUUGCAGUGUAUCGAAGCGUGCACGAACCUGGGAAGACGUCUGAUGUUAACUCCUGGUGAGCUAAACCAGGCAGCUUGAAGGAGACGAGGGACGAGACAAACAUCCUAAAACGCCACUACCUCUCUGUUAACAUACAAUUGGAUGGAUUCUGAUGCUAGGCCAAUCAUAGGUACACCUGCUGAGCCAUCUGCCGAGUCUAUGGGGAACUUUGACACUGGUGAUACAUCCAGCCGUGGCUCCUCACCUGCACAUGAAACUCAGAUGUCUUGGGAGAUGGAGAAUGUUGCCAUGCAAGAGGGUGGAUCACCGGCUUCCAGCAGAAGUGCACACCUAGAAUGCCCAGACUGGGUCAGACCAAUGGCCCAUCUAGCCCAGUAUCCUGUCUUCCAACAGUGGCCAAUGCCAGGUGCCCCAGAGGGAAUGAACAGAACAGGUACACCUGCUGGGCCAUCAGCUGAGUCUAUGGGGAACUCAGUCAUUGGUGAUACAUCCAGGGAGGGCUCCUCACCUGCACAUGAAACUCAGAUGUUUUGGGAGAUGGAGAAUGCUACCAUGCAAGAGGGUGGAUCCCCAGCUUCCAGCAGGAGGGCAUCCCCAGUGCAGUUAUCGUCUGACUCAAGAAAAGACACGUACGUGGGGCUGCGUAACCAGGGUUCCACCUGCUACUUAAACAGCCUGCUGCAGUGUCUCUUCUUCACGCGAGAGCUCAGAGAAGCCAUCCUCAGCUGUGAUAAUAGAGACUUCGGCAUCGUGUGUCAGCUGAAAAAGCUGUUUCAAAAACUGAAGCGUAAUAAAUCAGCACCUUCCACCAAAGAGAUUACGAAAUGCCUUGGGGUGAGAAACGUGCACCAGCAGCAGGAUGUCGCGGAAUAUUUCCGGAUUCUGAUGAAUAAAAUCGUUGAGGAGAAAGAAGAGAUUCAGCCGCUAUACCAGGUGAAAAUGGUCCAUUCCAUCACUUGCCAUGGAUGCGAACAGGAAACUAGAAUCCAGCAGGAUCCUGUCCUGAGUCUUGCGCUCUCUCUUGACAAGUACACUUCUAAUCAGGAAGUUUAUUCUGUGCAUAAUGCUUUGGCUGAUGUACAGAAAGAAAAUGAAUUUACUGAUGAUGAGCAGUUCUAUUGUGAAACAUGUAAAAGCAAACAAAAGGCCACAUCGCGCUGCUACUUUGAAACUCUACCCCAGAUUCUUGUUCUCAAUUUGAAGAGAUAUCAGUUUGAUGGUAACUGGUUUACAAAGCUGCAUUAUGAGGUGUCUGUGCCUUUUUCACUGACUGUGAAUUCGGAAGAGCAGCCUAACACACAGUAUGAGCUCUUUGCAAUGUGUCACCAUUUUGGAGGAAUUCACGGUGGCCAUUAUGUGGCUGAUAUAAGGUCAUUUGAAAACGAGUGCUGGUACUCCUUCAACGACACCAUGGUGACUGAGAAUACAAAAGAAUGGAACACAACUGGUGCCACGAACAGUUCCACUGCAUAUCUCUUAAUGUACCGCAUGGCGAAUUGUGUUGCUAAGCCAAAUAAUAUCAUGGCUGAACAGAAGAAAAAAUGUAGACAAUAUAGUAUUGAAUAUUUGAACUAUGGCUUUAUUCAGUCGCCUACAAACAAUACAUUACCGAUGUGCCUGAUUUGCCAAAAAGUUUUAUCAAAUGAAGCUAUGAAGCCUUCAAGACUACAAGAACAUUUGACAAAAGUUCAUGCUGAUAAGAAAGAUAAGGAUUUAUCUUAUUUUCAAGCGCUUAAAGAAAAUUUUUUGACAGAGCCGACAUUGGCAAAACUCUUUUCAAUAGCAUCCAAACAAGAUGACGAUGGGUUGCGUGCUUCUUACAACAUUUCGUUACUGAUUGCUAAAUCGGGAAAACCGCAUACUAUUGGUGAAGAAUUAAUUCUACCGGCUAUAAGUGAGGUAAUACGCACUAUGCUACACAAGCCAGCGUCUGAUAUUACCAAGAAAAUUUCUUUGAGCAAUAAUACAGUGCAAAGAAGAAUUAAUGAAAUGGCUCAAGAUGUUGAAGACUCAUUAUGUAAGUAUUUAAAAACAUCCCAGUUCUCUGUACAGCUUGAUGAGUCAACUUUGCCAGGAAAUGAAGCCUUACUUUUAGCAUACAUGCGAUUCAUAAAAGAAGAAAAAAUUUGCCAAGAAUUAUUAUUUGCUAAAAAUUUGCAAACUGAUACUAAAGGAGAAUCGAUAUUUCAUGCAUUGGAAGAGUUUUUUAAAGAAAAAGAAAUCCCCCUGAGUAAUAUCUUGUCAGUUGCUACUGAUGGUGCUCCAGCGAUGAUAGGGCGCUACAGGGGUUUUCUUGCAUAUGUAAAAAAAGUGGUUCCGAAUGUAUUCGCUGUACACUGUGUCAUUCAUCGUCAACAUUUAGUUGCCAAAAAUCUGAGUGAACGCCUACAUAGGUCAUUACAUUAUGUCAUUAAAGCAAUCAACAAAAUCAGAAGCAAUUCACUGAAUGACAGAUUGUUUGGACAACUUUGUAUUGAAAACGAUGAAGAAUUCAAUCGCUUGCUGCUUCAUACAGAAGUUCGUUGGCUAUCAAAAGGUGCCUGUUUGGAUCGGUUUUAUAAACUCUUUGACUCAGUGCUAGAGUUCCUAGAAAACAAAGAUGAUGCUUUACGAGCCAACUUGAUUGAUUCCAAAAAUGACAUCGCUUAUUUGACAGACUUGUUUAAUAAAUUUAAUGAAACAAAUUUACAGCUCCAAGGUGAUGAGCUGAAUUUAAUCAAAACAAAAACUGUUAUUUCCGCGUUUGUGGCAAAACUUCUUCUGUACAAACGAAAUUUAGGACGAGGAGAAUUCAGCCAGUUUCCAAAUUUAUCGACAGUAGAAAAACAUGAUGAAGACUUGCUUACCUAUUGUCAGCACUUGGAGGCUCUCCAUUCUGACUUCAAUCAACGAUUUGAAGAUAUUCUUAAAAUGAACAUACCCGAUUGGGUUUUAGAUCCUUUUUCAAGUACAAACACAGAAGAAUCUUCAAAAUUACAAGAAGAACUGAUAGAAGUAACAACAAAUGAGGAAUUGAAAUUUAAAUUCAAAGACGGCUACCAACAGUUCUGGCUGCAAAAGCAGAUACCUACACUUUAUCCUGGAUUAUGGGCUAUAGUACAAAAGUUUUUAAUUGCAUUUCCUUCAUCAUAUUUAGUGGAACGUGGGUUCAGUGCGGUCACAAAUCUGUUAACUAAAAAAAGAAACCGACUGCAAAUAGCUAAUCGCGGUGAUUUAAGAAUGCUGCUGACAAAAAUAGAGCCGAACAUUAAUAAAUUGAUAGCAGCGCACCAGGUUCAUCCUUCUCAUUAAGAUUAUUUUUAAUGUUAUUCGUAAUUUUUAUUUUAAUAUUAUCCUUCGUUAUCUUAAUUUUCUGUGUGUAAUGCGAA